AUGGCGGAGGAGGCGGCGACGACGGGUUGCGGCGGCGACAAGCUCAUCCUGCGCGGCCUGCAGUUCCACGGCUUCCACGGCGUCCUGAAGGAGGAGCAGACGCUGGGACAGAAGUUCGUCGUCGACAUCGACGCCUGGAUGGACCUCGCCGCCGCCGGCGAGUCCGACAGCAUCGCUGACACCGUCAGCUACACCGACAUCUACGGCAUUGCUAAGGAUGUUGUCGAAGGCACGCCACACAACCUCUUGGAGUCGGUGGCUCACUCGAUCGCAAAGGCCACACUGCUCAAGUUCCCUCAGAUCUCUGCAGUCCGAGUGAAGGUUGGCAAGCCUCACGUCGCAGUGCAAGGCAUCCUGGACUAUCUGGGCGUGGAGAUAACGAGGCACAGAAAGAAAGUUUGA